AUGUUUGUACACGCAACGCUUUCCUUUCCUCGUGGUUUCGUGGGACUCGUGCGUCCAUCCGUACAGCGAACGCUUGGUGAGACGUUCAGACGAUUUGCGAGUCCAGGGCGUGGAGAGAGACCUCGCGUGGCGCUGGGAAGAGCGCACCAGGCGCUGCAGAGGCUCGCACGUCGACCGUUAUGUGCGCUGGCGGGACGGCAGACUUUCGGUUCCUUCGACGAGAUGUUGAAGGCAGCGCCAGAACCGGCGCUCGUUGACUUUUACUCGAACACUUGUGGGCCGUGUGUUAUGAUGGGAAGAACGCUGGAUCAGGUCGCUGGUAGGCUCAAGGCUAUUCCCUGUCGGGUCAUGAAAGUUGACGUGGACAAGUAUCCGUCGAUUGCAGACCGUUUCCAGAUUCAGGCUCUGCCAACGCUGAUUCUAUUUCGGGACGGCAAGGAGCUGAAGCGCUUUUUAGGCUAUCGGGAUGGUACCACCCUGGAACAAGAAGUACGCGAAAGUCUCGCCCAGACAUCGCCGGCAGCAUGA